AGGCACCGCAGAUAUUCGACGAGAAGGGAGAGGGGCCGUGAGAGUAUAUUUCAAACCAUGACGGCCAUUUGCUUUGUCUGCAACCUCCCAAUACUAUCUCAUCAAGUCGGCCUUGUGUGGCAAGGCGGAAAUGGAUGGGACGACCUUGUCAGAGAACAGCUGGAAGAGUCUACCAUCAAGCAACGUUUGGGAGGAAGGAGGGACUCUUCCACGCAAAUUUGCAGCAUAUCUCCUCCCACGGAGACCCAGGAGACAUCUCCUCCAGCCACCGGUAGCUCACGUCGUCGUCGAAGCUCUCUAGCUCAACUCACAGACAUAUUUCGCGAUUGGAGCGGUGGCAGCAAAAAACAACAAAAACAAUUAUGUCGAAGGGAAACCCUGGCAGACCUGGCGAGAUCUCUGCCAUGGGGAAGGCAAACCACCACGGAACAAGGCCCCACUCCAAGCAUAACAACAAACAGAAAACGUAGAGAAUCAUCGGCUGAUUCGGGGAUAAGAAGUAUAAGCUCCAAGUCCCGAAGAGAUUCUUCAACUACAGCGUUGCAGGAUUUUAGAAGCGAAGUUGCCAAGCUUUGGAGAAGGGAGUCAACGAACACUACGACCAUUUUGAGUCCCAGUACGAAUCGAAGAGGGAGUGGUGAGUCCAGUAAGAGUGGGAGGAGAGAUUCUACUUCACAUUCUAGAGGUACUUCGCGUAGAGGCUCUGGAGAAAGCGGCCGUCGAGACUCCACAACAAUAAUAACACCCCCUCCACCAAAAAUUGUUUCUGCUCACAAAAAACGCCGUGAUUCCCGCCCUAAAAACGACGCCGGCUACUAUCGACAAGACCAAAGACCCUCCACAUCCUCCACUGCGUCUGAUUCCGCCGCCCCUCCUUUGCUCCCUGUAACCGUCGUAACAUCAUCCACUUCGACAGCAGAAUGCAGUACACAAGCCCUUCCCCCACCGACUAUAAUAAUGUCGAGUGUAACUCCACCCGCUACCUCACCUAUAGUACCGUCACCCACAGCUCCAACGUUGCCGCUACCUACGACGACAACCACGGCAACGUCGCCGCAUUCAAGCCCGAACGCCACCACGCCAACACACCCCUUUCUAUCGACGCGAAGAGAUUCAACCACUCAAUGCGGGAGGUUGAACCGAAGAGAUUCCAGAAGCCAUGCCAGUCCAGAAAGGAGCAAAUUAUCGAGGUUGCAAAGGCAGAAUACCGCGUACGAUGAGAGCUGUUUGCCUCCAGGGGGUUGGAGUAGGAGGGGGUCUCAGCCGACAGCUCUAAGUCCUGAUGUCGAUGAAGGAGGGAGAAAAGCUAGGAGGGACUCUUUGAGUCCUGAUUCCGCUUCCAGAGGAAGGAGGGAUUCUCGGUCCCACCUGUCACCAGAUAGAUCAAGUAGAAGGGACUCUCGUUCACAUCUUUCACCAGAUAGAUCGGGUGAAAGAGACUUAAGCCCGGUGAGACGCGGUCGCCGCACAUUGCGCAGACAAUCAACAAGCAUAGCACAAAGAGGCGGUCACGGUCCAAGAUCGCCCGACUCGUCCAGCUGCUCUAGCAGGGACCCGUCACCUUGCAACAGAGGCGGCCCGCCGCACACCAACGAGAACGUCAGACCAGCAAUAAGACGACAGUCCACCACUGAGGAGAUUCUGAUCGCCAGAGGAUUCAGGAGACAAUCAACCACCGAGGAGAUGAUACGAUGUAGAAAUUUCAGGAGGCAGAGUUCACAGAGCGACGACUGUACCCAGAGAUAUCGCGGCAGGCGCGAUUCAUCAGCCCAAAUUCUGGACGGAACGAUUGCCUCGAUGACCGUCGAAACUUCCAGUACGUUUUUUGAUUCAAGUACACAAACAGAGCCUUCACCCCUCUACGACAAUAACCACUACCAUGAGGAGUGCUUGCGCUGCAACAGCUGCGGACUUAACCUGACCGGUCCGAACCAGAAACGCGCGAGACGCUUCAAAAACCAGAUCCUGUGCGAUCUGCAUUUCGCCGACGUGGCCUUGAUGGAAUGCUCGGAUUUCAUGCAGCAGCUGCGCAGCUUCAAACCGCAAUCGCUCGGCUGCGCCGUCGCCCGCCGAAAAUCCUCCACCACGCUCAUCUUCCCCCUGCCACCCCAAGCCUGCUCAGACGAAUUUUGCGAAGAAUUCCCCCACAAUUUUAUCCCAACUCCUGGCUACUGGAUCGAAUGUUCCAGACAAAAAAUAGCCUCUGAUACCAUUUGGGACGAAAGUGAGUCUGAUCAUGAUAUCCAAGAAGGCUAUGAAGAUGACAGACUUGAUGGAAAUGAGGAGAACGGCAUUAUUAAUAGAAGAAAAGAAAGAAGUUGUGAUGAUCUCUAUGAAGACGAUGAAGACGACGACUCAUCAUCUCCCAGAAAAAAGACGACAAUAGAAGAGGCAUGGGAGAAAAAUCAGGCUUUCGAGCUGACAAGCGUGGAACAAGAGACCUACGAGAAGUAUUUUUACGGCACGGAACAUUGGAACUAUUUCACGAACGACGAGGAUCUGGGCCCUGUAAUUUUGUCCAUCAAACAGGAGACUUUACAUGGCAGAGAUCAGUUUAGGAUAUUAGUAAGAGCUAUAAGCUAUACAGUUCAUGGUUUGAUACCAGCAAGUUGUGUAUUUGCUGACAGGUAUAAUCGUGAAGAAGUUGUGCGAUCUCUUGGUAAAGAAGUUAAUAUCAAUCCUCCUUUAAUUUUGGGGCAACUCCCAGAUACUCCGGAGGAGUUAUUGAAAUUAGAUCAGGUUUUCAUUAAAUCUGAGUUAAAAGUGGGUGUGAUUUAUGUGCAGGAGAAUCAGUACUCCGAGGAAGAAAUACUGGACAAUAAUGAUAAUUCUUUUCUGUUUGACGAGUUUCUGCAAAUUUUGGGGGAGAAGAUUCGAUUAAAGGGGUUCGAUAAGUACAAGGGGGGUCUGGACACAGUCCACGACUUAACAGGCUUAUAUUCUGUAUACACAAACUGGAGAAACAUAGAGAUCAUGUUUCAUGUUAGUACUCAGCUGCCUUACGAAAGGCACGACCCUCAAAAACUCCAGCGAAAAAGGCACAUUGGUAACGAUAUUGUUUGUGUUGUGUUUCUCGAAGCUGACAACACCGCUUUUUCGCCGGCGUGCAUUAAGAGCCAUUUUCUGCACACGUUUAUUUUGGUGCGGACAUCGCCGCGUAUUAAAAGAAAACCGACCCGCUACGAGGUUUCAGUAGUGACUCGCGAUGAAGUAGGAGCAUACAAACCAUACCUAUGGGAACAAAGCGUAUUCGAUAAAGGCCCGAUGUUCCGUGAAUGGCUGCUAACGAAAAUCGUCAACGGGGAAAGGGCCAGCUAUUCGGCCCCCAAAUUCGCACGCAUGCAAGAACGCACUAGGUCCCAAAUGCUCGAAGAUAUUGUGGCUAACCUGCAGAACCACGCUGAAACAGGACAAAUACCAAAGCCAUACAGAAGAGGUUCUUGGAGGCCAAUCGGACAUAUGAGACCCUCCUCCCCACUCCUGGACAGCGUUAGAGAUCAAUUCGAGGACUACGAUCAAAUAGCUAAAGACUUCACCAAAAUGUUCCUGAAUAAUGAAGCCAACACUCUACAAAACGUACUAUUGUUUGAUGUGGUAUUCAUGGUGGGACAAUCCAAGCAAAAAGUCAAACUCAUCGGGGUUAGAGCCAUCCUUGGUGUCAGAAGUAGAGUUUUUCAGGAGAUGCUGUAUGGAAUACAAACUGGUUUUGGCUCUCCUCAGGUACCAGUAGCGGACAUAUUAGCCCGCCCAGUGCCCACUUUGAUGAGCCCUCAGCAAAGAGCCCCAAAGAGCAGUAAUUUCCUUCAAGUCCCAGAUAUUGAAUCGCCCAGACCAAAAAGUGUACCAUCUUCACCCAUGGUUAAAAGGGCAUUCACCAGACUUGGAACAAUUACUGCUGGUUGGGGAAGAUCCAUACGGAAACAUAAUGCUCAGACUUUAUCCGCCGAGGACAAGAAAAAAUGGUCUAGCAGCCAUGAUUGUUCAAAUAAAGAAGGCAAGGACAAAGAUGGCAAGGAAAAGCUAGCACCCAAUCAGCUUCCAGUACCACGCCUCAGCGUGUGCGCUGAUGCGCAGAAGGUAGACAGAGCCAAACUCGCGCAGACUGAAUUUUCGAUAAUCGAGUUUGAUCCCGAGACGUUCAGAAUUCUGUUGGAUUAUCUGCACACCGGCUCUUGCCCACUGACGUGCAUUACAAUACCUGGUUUGAUUUGCGCAGCUGAGCACUACGAUUUGCCGGAAUUAUUACAAGCUUGCUUUCAUCAUGCCAAGCAGUUUUUAAGAAUAGAAGUGGUUUGCAGCAUGUUGGUAUCCUUAGAAAACUACUACUGGAGAUACACCUCAGCCUCAGAACUGGUGAACAUGAUCUUGGCGUUCGUCGAAACAAGAGCUCUGAUGCUCUUUCAACGCACCGAGUUUUUGAAUCUGAGCGAGUCGAUGGUGCAGAUGAUAAUGUGCCGGAACUUGGAGGUGAACGAGGUGCGAAAGUUCGAGGCUAUGUUGGCUUGGGCCAGGCACAAAAUACGUACGAAAACUUCCAGCAAACUGGACGCCAAAUUAGAGUUUAAGUGUAUCAUGGAGAGACUGGCCAGGGACUUGAAGUUGUACAGAAUAUCGCCUCAAGAAUUAAUUAAGGUGGUGUUGCCGUCAAAGGCGAUCAAAAACGAACGCAUCCUGGAAACCCUGAUGUUCCAAGCAAACUCGGGCAUGUACAGAAUCCAGGACUCGUACAUUAAGGAAUGCACCCAAAGACUACAAAAGCAGGACUCCCGUUUCUCCGAAUGGGAAUCCUUUGAUUUCAACUAA